AUGGCAGCUCCUGGGGCUGCAGAGACCAAGCACGCCCAGGAGAGCAGGAACCUGCCCCUCAAUCUCUGGUUCCUUCAGGGCCCUGUUGUGGGCGGCUGGUACAGGAUCCUGGAUCAGCUCAUCCCAGGGACCACCAAAGUGGUGGCCGUGAAGAAGAUGGUCAUGGACCAGGGGGCCUUUGCGCCCUGUUUCCUCGGCUGCUUCCUCGCCAUCACGGGGGCCAUGAACGGGCUGUCGGCAGAGGAGAACUGGUCCAAGAUCCAGCAGGACUACAUGGACGCUCUGCUGACCAACUACUGCAUCUGGCCACCGGUGCAAGUCGCAAAUUUCUACUUCGUGCCCCUGAAGCACAGGCUGGCUGUUGUCCAGUGUGUUGCCAUCAUCUGGAACUGCUACCUCUCCUGGAAAGCAAAUCUGAUGUGA